CCUGCACUUUAUUGUAACUUGGAGUGGCCUCUCUCGCCGCCCCCCCCUCAUGCAGUGGAGUUGAGGGGGGGUUUCCAAUUGCCAGCAGCUGUUGCUCAUUUCACAAAGGUCCCGCCCCCUCAGUGCUGAGGCUGCAGAGCGCCGCUCCUCACCCAGAUGAUCAGCAGAGCUCCCAGCAGACAGGAAAACGUCUUCAUGGUGAUCGUGGUGGGGGGGGGCAGACUGAGAACACGGCUCUGAUUUCUCCUCAAAUUCAGCAGAAGGUGCGACGGCGGUUCGGGAGGCCGGCCCCCACAAAGAGGUGAGAAGUGCUCCGAGGCCUCGCAGGCCGUCCUCCGCUUCCUUCAGAGAGCAGUCGUACUGCAGCAGGGCGCCGAAUCGCACUUCCUGUUAGAUAGAAUGUCUGAGCAACAGAAAUGUUUCCUGGGGUGUUUAUCUCUCUCUCACACCGCCGGGCGUUUCCUCCUCUGCGUCCGAUGAUCGCGAGCAGAGAGGCGACAAGGAGCAGAAGCUCGUGACUUUGUGCUCAGAGAAAAGCUUCCAUCUAAAACUCUCUCUGAGUGGAGCCCAGAUCCUCGUAGGCUGAUUAAAUCCCCCAAAAAGAGGCCGGACCAGCAUCCUCCUCUUCCCCCUCACGUCCCGGCAGGCGGCGAGGGGGUCGGGGGACGCGGCUCCCUGACGUGGGAAUGGCGCUCCAGAGGAGGCUGGUGGUUGUCGUGGUGACCGCCAGCUCCCUGCUGUGCGUCUACGUGCUGUGCGUCCACCUGGAAAAGCCCCCGUCCUGGUCCACGCCCCCCCUCAAAGACGCCCCCGGCUUCAGCAAGGCGCCGGGACGGAGCGGCUCAUCGGCCCCCCAGGAGCCUCUCCGCAAAGAGACCGGCGGAGACCGGCGUACCCGUCCCCCCCCGACCGCCGCCGCUCACCCGGAGGUCACAGCGCCACCCACGGCCGCUCGGCACCAACCAGCAGAGGCCAGGGACCCGGGUGUCUCAGAGGCCGGGUCUAGGUAUCAAGGGGGGGACAGAGCCGGGACCAAAGGCCCCCCGGCACCGCAACGCCAGCAGCUCAUCGGGGGAGACGGGCCCACGGACCCCCCCUUCAUCGGAGACACUUACAAGAGUGAAGACGUCCCGCCGCAAACGGAGUGCAGAGACGGCAUCAGGAGUCGGGUCAAGAAGACGGCCUUCAGGGGACGUUUUCUGGAGCACAUUCCGGUCCUGCAGUGGGCCGAAGACGUGACCCGGGAACAACACCAGCGCCUGAGCCGCUACCCUGGAGCACACGGCUGGGGGGGCAUCGACUACGAGACGUUGGCGGAAACUCUGUCCGUCCUCAACGCUUCUGCUAACCGGCUGCUGCUGGACGACUGGAAUCACCGUGGCAACGCGUCGGCGUGCAGCCGCUGCGCCGUGGUGGGAAACGGGGGCAUCCUGAAGGAGUCCAAGGCGGGGGAGGAGAUCGACGGCCACCACUACGUCUUCAGGACCAACGGGGCCAUCGUUAAGGGCUUCGAGCGGGACGUGGGGUCCCGGACCACCCACUACACCUUCUCCACCAACACGCUGAUGAACUCCUUGAGGAGCUACGCCGGCUUCAGAGGACCUCCUCAGUCUACGGAAACCAGAUACGUGUUCCUGCCCGACCACGACCGCGACUUCCUGCUGAUGAAGGCGGCGGCGACGCACCGCGCUGUGGAGAGAGGACGUGAGCGGGCAGAAGAUCCCACCAAGUACUUUGGAGCCGACGUGUCAGCGGAGAAGCUGAAGAUGUACCACCCCGACUUCAUCCGUUACCUGAGGAACAGAUUCCUUCGUUCCAGCGCUCUGAAAACCAAAUACAAGGCCCUUUACCGGCCGUCGACGGGCGCCGUGAUGCUGCUGGCCGCGCUGCACAGCUGCGACCAGGUGAGCGCGUACGGCUUCAUGACGCCGGACUACAGGAAGUACUCGGACCACUACUACGACAAAAGCUACCGCCCGGUGGGCUUCUUCAUCAACCACGACCUGCGGAUGGAGAUGUCUCUGUGGCAGCAGCUGCACCAGGAAGGCCUCAUACGGCUCUACGGGCACCGGUGAAUCCAGGUCCAGCAGGGGAUCGCGUCCCGGCGUCCAAAGAUGGGGGGGCACAUUUUUAUCAAAGCGAAAACGGGAAGAAAAAGUUUUCUUUUCAUGAGUGAAAUGAGGAGUAUUUCUUCUUUUUAUUGACAAGCAGAUCGUUCAGAGGAUUUACUUUUUGUUUUAUUUCCUUUUUUUUUAGCAGAAGUUGUCAAAACCAGACAAGAUUCUGAUUGAUUUCGUUGUCCACUUUAAGCUUCGAGCUGAAGUCAUUAACUGUUGAGGUGGUGACCACGUCCAUCCUGCUUCACCUCACAGAUCAGCCUCUGCUCCUUCGUUUGGAGACAGCUGAGGGAUGGAAGCUUGUUCUGGUAAAGAGGAACCGAGGGAAGAUUCGCUCCUUCGUAUUAACAUCAAAGCAAAGGUUCACACACAGUUUACACGGUUCUGUAGAACAUUUACAUUUCAACACCGCUUCAUUUCAAACCUCUACUUCAGCAAACUUCUUAGGUUCAUAGUUCAGCAGAAUCCAUUUUUAUUGUGAAUAAAAUGGAGAUAAACUGACGCAUGUGACACUUCACCUCCCCUGAGGAGACGCCAGAGUCCCGCAGUGGACGAGUGUGAAAAGCAUCUGGACCUGAACGUGGAUUUAGUUAAAGGGACUUGAUGUCUUUGUUUCUUUAAGCACACCAGUGUACUUUCCGCCCUCGAGGUGCCAAAGUGUGGCAAUGAGAACGCUGUGUCCGAUCGACUGGGCUUCUUACUAAAUGUCAAUCAGUAGGUUGAUGUUUCUGACGUCUCCAUAAGAAGUCUUUCUUGGAGGUCUCUGAGGACUCGUCUGGUGGAAUCUGGUCUCCUGUCUGAGCCGUGGCGCCGACGGAACAAAGCUCCUCCACAUUUAUUGUUUUAGCUCCAACUGGACUCGGUGUCGAUAUCCGAUGUUGUUCAUGAGGACUGAAGGUCUGACAUGGACGAAGGAAGACAAACAAACCGUGAAUCAGGGAACUUUUCUAUUUAACAUUUACUUUUUGUGUGUAAUGUGGAGUCAACACGGAGACUUUUUAACAAAGUUUUUUUAACAAAGUGCUAAAUUGGAAGGAGAGGAUUUUAAAGAGCAAUUAAAUCAAAAUUCAAUACAUUUUUGAAAUCUGUAUGAAAUAAACUGGUUUAAUUUGA